CUUAAGUUGGAAUGUGCAAAAACACGAGCUGUGCUGAAUGCCAAUAUCGGCGCAUGCCAUGUGAAAUUAGAGGAGUACAAGGAGGCAGUGAAGGCUUGUUCUGAAGCGCUCAACGAUGAUCCAAAGUACAUCAAAGCCCUACAACGACGGGCAUCGUGUAGCGAAAAAAUCGGCUCAUGGACUUCCCUUGCAAGUGCGCAGGAUGACUACAACACACUCCUUAAACUCCUUCCACCCGAUUCACCACAGAUCGGCGUAACCAAACGCUCCUUAGCAGCGCUCAAGCCUCGCAUAGAGGAAGCACAGAAGGAAGAGACAUCGGAAAUGAUCGAGAAGCUGAAAGGAAUUGGGAAUAGCAUCCUUGGUAACUUCGGUCUGUCAACCGACAAUUUCAAGUUUGAGCCGAACGGCCAAGGGGGUUAUUCUAUGAAUUUCGCGCGAUAA